ACACAAAACAAUAAUUAAUAUCCAUAAUCUCUCAAGUCAUGGCCAACCGUUCUUGCUCGUACUUUUUGGCUUUGGUGCUUCUCGUCUCGGUUAUGACAAUGUUACCGGGAGGUGAGGCACAAAAGAGAUGCGUAAAAGAGUUGGACCCAAAUACGCAAUGUGUACUAUAUAACUGCAGGGCCAAAUGUUUCAAACAAUUUAAUGGAUUCGGAAGCUGCAUUGAGAAACCUUAUGGCUCCGAGAAAUAUGUUUGCAAUUGUGCUUAUAAUUGCGGUUCCGCAUUAUUACAAACAUGA